UCCAUUUUUCUCUUGAUCUCUCUUCUCUCUCUAGCCGACUCUGAAAUCCACGCUGCCAAAGCUUUUGGUUCUUCUGGUUUGCUACCAGGAACUCUAGGACGUUCGAGAAGGAUCUCCUCAGUCGAACCUAUAGUGAGGCGGCUACCAAUGUUCUCGUGCACUCGGCUACCAACAUAGAAGAAAACGAAAUCUCCCCCAAAAUCAAACGCUCUCAGUUUCAGAGAGAAGAGAACCCUCCGAGUGAACUAUGAAAGAUAUCGCCAAGCUGAUCCAUUUUUUUACCAUUUUAUGCCUCACUUUCUUCCCCAAAGUAGUCAUCUCUCUCACUCUGGGCUCCCUAAAUGCAACUCAAUCACUCACAAAUGAACAGACCCUUGUCUCCCCCGGCCAAGUUUUUUGAGCUGGGAUUCUUCGAUCCAGGCAACUCAAAGUGGUACCUGGGAAUAUGGUACAAGAAAAUCCCUGUUAAAACAGUUGUUUGGGUUGCAAACAAAGACAACCCACUUUCAAACUCAUCCUCCGGCACCUUCAAGAUCAGUGACCGUGGAAACAUCGUUGUCGUCGACGGUGUUGGGAGCGUACUUUGGUCGUCCAAGCAAACCCAGGAAGUUGUUAAUCCAGUUGUACAGCUUUUAGAUUCAGGAAAUCUUGUGGUCCGAGAAACAAGCGAAAUCGACCCCGAAAAGCAUCUAUGGCAGAGCUUCGAUUAUCCUACAGACACUUUGUUACCGGAUAUGAAGAUGGGGUCGAACUUCGACUCUCGUUUCGACUGGAACCUGACUUCUUGGAAGAGCUCGGAGGACCCUUCAACGGGAGACUACUCAUUCAAGUUAGAUGUCCAUGGAUUUCUGGAAAUUUUCUUGCUCAAAAAUCAAGAACCAAAGUACCGGAAAUGGCGCCUUUGAACGGUCUCAAAUUCAGCUUUGUAAUGGACGAACAUGAGGUUCAGAUGAUACUGA